UUCGUGAUUGGUUGAUGGAGACAUCAGUCAUGAACCCGUCAAGCAAUGCAGUGAGUCUACCUAACAGUACUGUAGGUCGAAACACAACGACACAGCGGUGCUGCUGGGGUUGUUUAUGGCUGCCGACUCGUUGCGGGCGUUUGACAAUUUGACACAUCGAAGAAAAUAUUUCGCAUUAGCGGGAGGUGUCGAAAGGUAAUCACAAUCGUCAUUUCGGUAGGGGACGUAAGUAAGACCGUGUGGCACCACUGGGCACGGGGCUAACUUUUAAGCGUUCAAGGCGUAGAGGGAAUUUGAACUUCAUCGACCGCGAGUGAAAAUACUCAGCAACAAAAGCGGCCUGUGAACUCUCAUUUUCUUUUUCCUCUUGUGUGAAGAGCCACACGGCUUACAUGGAGCUACUACUUUUUUCGCCUUGGAUCUCGAUCGUGGAGGAAUCUGUAGUACAGUGUCCACCAAAGUCGGCUAUGCUAACAAGCAAGGCAAGCUAGGUGGCUGUUAGCUACAGUGGUCGUAUAUUCACACCUCUCGCCAACUUUACCGCUGGAAUGCAAUUGGAUUUGUAGGGUAUAGGUCGCUAUGUUAUAACUAUUUAAACGAAAUUACGCACCGAGAAAGUCCACGACCAUUUUUUUCACACCCGAGUGACUUGUUGGCUGCUCUAAAGGGGCUAUGUCGAGUUUGGUUAUUUUUGUUUGCCUGUCGAAGAUCGUUUCCAGAAAACAGCAAGCUGAACAUAAGAUGCCGCGUCCUCAACACCGACACAGAAUGUCGGAGCACGCUGAGUAACGUCGCAGUUUUUUGACAGGAGGCGAGCGUCAAGUUGCGCAGGUUGCUCCACAUUUUUGUGCGGAUGCGAACCCUUGGGGGGAGGGGGGAAACACACUGAGGAGAAGACCUUGUUUUUGCGAAUCUGACAAGGAGGGCUACGCCGGUCGUCCUCAGGCUGUUGUCGCCUCCCGCAUCAAAAUGUCGGCCAUCUCUGCAUCAGAGAAAGUGGACGGAUUUACGAGAAAGUCUGUUAGGAAGGCGCAGAAACAGAGAAAAUCUCCAAGCUCGUCUCAAUACAGGACUCAGAUCGCCCCGGUGGAGCUUUCGACGCUGCCUCAGCUCAAAGACGCUCCCUCCACUGAGCAGCAGGAACUUUUCACCCAGAAACUCCAGCAGUGCUGCAUGCUCUUUGACUUCUUGGACUCUGUGACGGAUCUGAAGAGCAAGGAGAUCAAGAGAGCCACACUGAAUGAGCUUGUGGACUAUGUGUCCACCAACAGAGGAGUGCUUGUUGAAUCUGCAUACCCAGACAUCACCACUAUGAUAAGCACAAACAUAUUCCGUACACUUGCACCAAGUGACAACCCAGAUUUUGACCCGGAGGAGGAUGAACCCACUCUAGAAGCUUCAUGGCCUCAUAUCCAACUCGUCUAUGAGUUUCUACUGCGUUUUCUUGAGAAUCCGGACUUCCAGCCCAGUAUUGCGAAACGCUACAUUGAUCAGAAAUUUGUACUCCAGCUUCUUGAACUGUUUGACAGUGAGGAUCCAAGGGAGAGGGACUUCCUGAAGACUAUCCUGCAUCGGAUUUAUGGAAAGUUCCUCGGGUUACGAGCCUUCAUCAGGAAGCAGAUUAACAACAUCUUCUUGCGGUUCAUCUAUGAGACUGAACAUUUCAACGGAGUUGCUGAGCUCCUAGAAAUUCUGGGAAGCAUCAUCAAUGGGUUUGCGCUGCCUUUGAAGGCAGAACACAAACAGUUCCUAAUGAAGGUGCUCAUCCCAUUACACACAGCGAAGGGACUGGCCCUCUUUCAUGCUCAGUUGGCAUACUGCGUGGUCCAGUUCCUGGAAAAGGAUCCAACACUAACUGAACCGGUGAUCCGAGGCUUGCUGAAGUUUUGGCCCAAGACCUGCAGCCAGAAAGAGGUGAUGUUCCUGGGUGAGAUUGAGGAGAUUUUGGAUGUCAUUGAACCUACGCAGUUCAAGAAAAUCCAAGAACCAUUGUUCAAGCAGAUCUCCAAAUGUGUGGCCAAUCCCCACUUUCAGGUAGCAGAGCGCGCACUGUACUUCUGGAAUAAUGAGUACAUUCUCAGUCUCAUCGAGGAGAACAUCGACAAGGUCCUCCCCAUCAUGUUCUGUAGCCUGUACAGAAUCUCCAAAGAGCACUGGAACCCGACCAUCGUAGCUCUCGUCUACAAUGUGCUGAAGACGCUGAUGGAGAUGAACUGUACACUCUUUGAUGAGUUGACCUCCUCCUAUAAAUCUGACCGGCAAAGGGAAAAGAAGAAGGAGCAGGAGCGUGACGAGCUGUGGAGGAAGCUGGACGAGCUGAGGCUCAGCAACAGCACUCUAGAACAGAACAACAGCCACAAGCUCCUAAGUGUCCAGAACAACAACAAGAGUAGCAAUAAUAAUAACCAGGACAGGGCCGCUUACGCUGCAAACGUAGGUCAUGGCAGCCAGUGAGAGCAACCCACGUGCCAAAAGAUACUCUGUGUUAGCUUUUAACACUUGGCUUUAAUGGAUUGACGCCUCGUGCACGACUUGUCGGGAAAGAAUGAACAAAGAUGGGAAAAAGACAAACGACACCUCAGCAUUCUGUGCCUCACAGAAAAGAUUUGAUGUUACCGCCAGUAUAUUGUUGAGUUGUCUGCUCUUGUUGUAUUCAGUGUACAUGUUCCAUGGUCAUGUGGGAGAGAAAAAUAUGACUUGAAUUCA